AUGGUUGAGCUUCACGCCGGCAGCUCCAGCACCAUCACCACCACCGACGCCGCCAGGAGGACGCACAAUAACAGGCGAGAUGCAGGCUCAGCAGCUUCGACCGUCCUCCAGCUAACGGCCACGGCCUCCUCCUCCUCCUCCUCCUCCUCCUCCUCCUCCUCCUGCUGCUCCUCCUGCUGCUGCUCCUCCUCCCGCGCAGCAGCCAUGCCUGCCUCGCCGUUGAUCGCCCUGCUGCUGGUCCUGCUGCUCGCUGUCCAGGCCGGCCGCGCAGCCCUCGUCCCCUUCAGAAACUGCCUGCCGGACGCCAUCACCAAGUCUAGUCCCGUCAAGCUGCAGUUCAUACCUCUCUACGUCGCCGCGCAGUUCAACAGCACGCGGCCGGAUCUCAAUCUCAACGUCACUGUCUACGGAAACGUCAGCGGCACCGAGACGAAGGAGCCAUACCCGCCCCCAGACGACCCGCGAUGGAGCAACCCCAACGAGACACUGGGCAAGAUAGUCAGUGUAAACCCGUCGACAAACACCUUUACCACCCUGUUCCCACGGCUAGACGUCGUCAGCUUCUCGGCUGCCGGUGGCUCGGUCCAGCCGUUCUGCGACUCUCUCACCCAGGGCGAGUGUCCUCUCGGGCCCGUCUUCAACUUCACCCAGGAUUCGACGGCGGAUCUGCGGGCGUUCUCGACGACGUUCAAUAUCACUUCGUCCUACGCGUUCGCUUCUCUCCUGGCUACGCUCGAGGUCAAGGCUGGAGACGCUAGCAAGACGCCCUACAGCUGCGUAGUGGCAGACAUCGCCCCAGACCUGGGUGAUCCCCUGAGAUCAGCUCUCGCAUACGUCCCUCUUGCUAUACUCUUGCUCGUUGGCGUGGCUACUGUCUACGCUGCCAUCUACAGCCCCUGGGGAACCACAGAUAUCUUCCGCUGGACCUGCAACUAUGGCCGAGACGAGGACCUCAUCCGUCUCGUCACACCCGGAUUCGCAGACUGCCUGCAGUAUAUCCAGUUCAUCAUACUCACAGGCUCGCUUACCCUGAGCUAUCCGGGCUACUACCAACCCGUCGUCAGCCAGAUCGGUUGGUCCGUCCUCAUGUUCAACCAGAGCUUCGUCAGCCAUGGCAACGGCACGACGCCCCUGAUAGAUGGCGUCUACUCCGUCAACGGCACCUACGGGCUCGACCGCAUGGGCCAGUUCGUUGGCAUGACUCGAGCCGCGGACAUCUGGGCAGGCACUGUCAUCUGGCUACUUGUCAUCCUCGCUGCCGUCACAGCGAUCAUCCUGCUUGGUUUCGGUCUCAGAUGGCUCCAUCACAGCGUCAGCCACAUAGCAGAGCAGGAUCUGCAGUCCAAAAACACAGCCUUCACCAUGGGAAACGUCGUCCGUAUCGUAUUCAACUUCUUCCUUCUCCCGCUAGUCUCACUAUCCAUGUUUCAGCUCGUCGAGGCUGGCUCCUCUCCCGUCUAUGUCGUGGCCCUGGCUGUCAUCUUACUUGUCCUGCUCGUCGGAUUCGCUGCAUGGCUCCUCUAUCUCAUCUUUUGCACCCGUCCUCGCUCGUAUCUCUUUGACGAUCUGCCUACUGUGCUAUUGUACGGGCCACUUUACAACACCUUCAGCGAUGGAGCGGCGCCUUUCGCUCUCAUAUCUGUGCUGCUCACCUGCAUGCGAGGGGUAGCCAUUGGUGCCGUUCAGCCGUCGGGGAUAGCCCAGAUUGCUAUCCUGGCCAUAUGUGAAGUCACCAUGAUCCUCACCCUCAUCGCUUUUCGGCCCUACGAGUCUCCCACUUCGAUGAAUGCAUAUCAUACCAUCUUUGCACUCGUUCGGUGUCUCACUAUUCUCCUAUGCGUUGCCUUUGUUCCCUCGCUCGAUAUUCCGGACCCGGCAAAGGGAUGGAUUGGUUACGUUAUCCUCAUACUACAUGGCAUGGUCCUCAUAUUCGGAUUCUUCUUGAAUGCCAUCCAAACUCUCAUCGAAGUUGUAGCCAGACAAGCUGGAGCCGGUGAUGUAGGAGUCCAGGGUGAGGCCGCUAGAGGUGGUUUGGUAAAGGUAUUUGGUGUCCGUCAACUAUCCCGCCGCACCCCCAGGAAACGCCACGUACCGCGCAGAAGCACCAAUUCCGAGGCUACCAUGCUCAAUGUUGACUUGGAGCGUCCGUCAACUCAGCUCGACAGUGAGCGACCCAGAAGUUUUUCGGGCAGCUCAGCUGUCCUGCUAAAUCGGCCUGGCUUGGACCAGGCAAGCACCGGCUUUGAGUCCGGGGCAGGGAGUCUGUUCAAUGCCAGCAACCCGCGUGGACCGGGCAGCGGCCCGUACACACCUACCACCCCGGGAGCCUUCUCAACCGGGCCAGGACAAGCUUCAGGCGGCGGCGGGUCACCGCGCAGCGGCAUCAUGCAUAUGCAUUUUAAACACGAGACGGCAGACCCGUACUACCGUCCGCCCCGGCAACGGCGCGCUACCCUUGAAGGAAUACGCCACACUUCAUGGAAUAGCAGCGAUAUGGGCAACGGACAGUCAAGCCGUGCGGCUAACACUCCCGAUCUGGAUCCAGACGCAGACCAUGAUGCCGAUGUCCUAGCUAAUCACCCUGUCGGUAAUGGAAGCACCCCAACGCCAGCUUAUCUCGGCGCACCCAGAGAAGAUCCCGAUGGCGACGCAGAUGGUGAUCCUUCCCUUCGAACAGAUUAUGCAGUUCGCGAAGUAGACUUUUACUACCGGGUUAGAGGCCCUGCACUGUCGCAUUCCGCUACUAGGAAACUCAAGACUGGUCCUGCUGAUCCCACUGGCCCUGUAUCAUCGGCCAGCGGAUGGCUAAAGAACCUAUUCGGUGGGAAAACAAAAGAUAAAGGCAAGGGUUUCGAGGUUGUCCGAAGCUCUCGUGCGCCUCCCCAGGCUGCAAUGCAGCGACCACCACCGCCUGAGCAGGAUAAAUUCACAGAGCCUUACAAGGAUGACCCUGACACUGCACAGGAUCCAAAUACUACUGCUACCACCUCAGGUCCUGCUCCAGAUCCUGAUCCAAAAGCUUCGCCUGUCACUGAAAAGGCCAAAGCAGCGGCUACGGCAGACAAUGACAAACCAGUCCUACCACCUAUUCUGCUUGAAGACGCUAUCGAAUUACCCAGCCGAGCAAACACUCGCAAUGUCCCACCAGAUGCUACAUCCGCUCAUUCACGCUCCCAAUCCCAAUCACAUCCUGGAGCCCACGGCGGCAUGCGAAUAAGGCCACCAACUAUCCCCCGCAAAAGCUCAAAGCGCGGUAGUUCCGUUGACCUAAAAGACGUAAAACCUGGUGCAGCAGGGUCUUUCAUGGGCGGGCCCCAUUCCCGUAACAGUUCUCGGGACUACGAAGCCACCAACUCCGAGGCGCUCGUUCCUCAGCGGACGUUGUCAAACCGAAUUAUCCAGCAGUCACGAUUACCGUUUGGUUCAAAGUCGUCUUCAACACACAGUGCUCCUGUAUCACUCGACUCUAAUGAUUCGAUGGCACAACCUCAUGCUACUGCUGAUGGGACAGAUACGACUGACCAGCCUUCUUCUCCAGGACCCAGACAGAGAAACACAUCAACUGCGACUUUCGAAGCUACUCGACGAGGAAAGUUGAAGGGCAUGGGAUACGUCCAACAGCAUCGAGCCAGCGACCACAUCCAUGAAACAAGCUUAUCCGGUGGCAGCGCCGCAGAGUUCAUAGGCGAGCACCCUCUUCCACCUACCUCCACUCCCUCAUCCUGA